GCAUCCGCCCUUACUUAGUUUCGGCUUCACGGGCUCACUGAGCAUGCGCGUGACUUCUUUGCCCGUGCACUGGCUUGAACAUGGCAGACUUUCUGCGUCUCUAGUUAGGUGGCACGUGUGAAGCUUGUUGCAAGGGAAGACAACAUGAGAAAUCUCAAGCUCCUGCGAGCGCAGGAAUGCCAGGCAGCCCAAGCCCUUGGGACACCUCAGGGCUUCACACUCCGUCUGGACAGAAGGACGCUCUUAAUCGGCACAGAGUAUGGGAUUGUGGAGCUGGAUCCUCGCACACAAGAGGUCAUAAAAGAAAUUCCUCUAACAACGGAAGGGUUUCUACCAGAAGAUGGAAGCGGGUGCAUUGUGGGCAUUGAGGACUUGCCAGAUCAAGAGUCUGCCUGUGUGGCUAUCGCAACUGGAGAUGUUAUCUUGUGCAAUCUGAACACCAGCCAGAUGGAGUGUGUUGGCAGUGUGGACAGUGGUCUAAGCGUGAUGAGCUGGAGCCCUGACCAAGAGCUUGUUGUUCUUGCUACAGGUCAGCAGACCCUCAUUCUGAUGACAAGGGAUUUUGAACCAAUUGCAGAAAGAGAAAUCCAUCAAAAUGACUUUGGAGAAGGAAAGUUUAUUACUGUUGGCUGGGGUAAAAAGGAAACACAAUUUCAUGGAUCGGAAGGCAAGCAGGCAGCUCGAACCAAGCCAGUGGAAGUGCUGCCAGCUUUGUCAUGGGACGACCAUAAACCUCGGAUCACAUGGAGAGGAGAUGGACAGUAUUUUGCAGUGAGUGCUGUUUGCCCAGAGACAGGAGCUCGGAAAAUCAGAGUCUGGAGCAGAGAACUUAUUUUGCAUACUACAAGCGAGCCUGUGCCUGGGUUAGAACAAGCACUGGCUUGGAAACCCUCUGGAAGCUUGAUUGCAUCCACACAAGACAAAGCCAACAAACAUGAUGUUGUGUUCUUUGAAAAAAAUGGUCUUCUUCAUGGUGAAUUUACGCUUCCCUUCCAGAAAGGCCAAACCAAGGUAAAAGAACUGCUCUGGAAUUCAGACUCAACGAUAUUGGCUGUGUGGUUGGAAGAACUGAACAGUGAGAAUAACUCUCAACCAAAAACAUAUGUUCAGCUGUGGACAACAGGAAACUACCACUGGUACCUGAAGCAAAACUUGACUUUCGAUAGCUCCGAGGGCAGCCAUCACAUUGUGUCCCUGAUGUGGGACCAGGAGACUCCUUAUCGACUUCACAUCCUCUGUCAGCAGUGGCUUUACCUGUGUUAUGACUGGCAGUGGAGCAUUGAUCGCAGCACCGGCGGAGGGGCAAGUGACUUGGCUAAUGUGGCCGUCAUCGAUGGAGACAAGGUGCUGCUGACCGCCUUCCGGCAUGCGGUGGUCCCGCCACCCCUUUGCACGUAUCAGCUCCAGCUCCCCUGCCCAGUCAAUCAAGUUGCCUUCUGUGCUGAACCGGCUAGGAGUGGGGAUCUUGCUGUCCUGGAUGCGAACCACAGGAUUUCCAUUUACAGAUCUGGUGGCUGUACAAAUACAAAGAUGGACUCCACAGUGAAAAUUGGUGCAGUGGGUGGACUUAAUGCUUCUGUUGCUGUGCCUUGGCUGGAAAAAUCAUACAGAAUUGACAUUGUGGAUGACAAAAAUGGGAGAAAUCCGCUUUGGCUUCGCCUUCUUACCUGGCUGCAAGAUGACCUCCUCUUAGCUGUUAGCCAGGGACACGUCCCAGGUCACACUGUCAUUCACCAUCUGAAACUGACCUCAGUUGCAGAAGAAGAAUGUGUUGAUAUCAGCUCACAUCUGACUAUGGCUGGGGAUGUAAUCAGCCUAUGUUACAACGCAAAGACCAAAGUAGUGGCUCUGCAACUUUCUGAUGGUCAAAUAAUGAAAUAUCAUUGGGGAGCUGAAACACCCACCGUCAAUCCGUGGCAGAGCAGCAGCGGAUCAGCAGUGCGGUUUCCCUCUCCUUGUAUGCAGAUUGCACUGGCUGUUCUUUGUGGUGAAGAGACUGUCUUCGGCCUGACUGACAGAUGUCGUUUUUUUAUUAACGACACAGAGAUUGCAUCAAAUGUCACUUCCUUUGCAAUCCAUGAUGAAUUUCUUUUGUUGACUACCCACUUACAUACUUGCCAGUGUGUGUCUCUGAAGAACAUGUCUCUAAAAGCUUUGCAGUCAGGCUUGGGCACCACUUCUGCUCCAAACAGUGAGACAUUGCGCAGGAUUGAAAGAGGAUGCCGGAUAGUCACGAUUGUGCCGCAGGAUACAAAGCUAGUAUUACAGGUACCAAGAGGAAAUUUAGAAACCAUUCAUCAUCGAGCCCUUGUUUUGGCCCAAGUUCGCAAGUGGUUGGACGGCCUCCAGUUUAAGGAAGCAUUUGAAUGUAUGAGGAAACUGCGAAUCAAUCUCAACCUCAUUUAUGACCACAAUCCAAAGGUUUUUCUGGGAAAUGUGGAAACAUUCGUAAAACAAAUUGAUCUUGUGAACUCUAUUAACUUGUUUCUCACAGAGCUGAAAGAAGAAGACUUCACAAAGACCAUGUACCCACCUCUGGAUCCUGCCAUCGCUUGUGAGCCACAUGGUUCUGAUAGAAAAAAGGUUGACCUCAUCUGUGAUUCUAUGAGAGCAGCCAUGGAGAACAUCGGUGCUUCCAAAUACUGCUUGUCCAUCCUAACUUGUCAUGUUAAAAAGAGUCCUCCAGAAUUAGAAACUGCCUUGCAGAGAAUCCGUGAACUUCGAGAACAAGCUCCAUCAACAGUUGGAUCCAUUAGUGCGGAAGAAGCUCUGAAAUACAUGCUGUACUUGGUGAAUGUCAAUGAACUGUAUGAUCAUUCGUUGGGAACGUAUGACUUCGAUUUAGUUAUCAUGGUUGCCGAGAAGUCUCAGAAGGACCCGAAGGAGUAUCUUCCAUUUUUAAACAAUCUUAAGAAAAUGGAAAGCAAUUACCAACGAUAUUCUAUAGACAAAUAUUUGAAAAGAUACCCAAAGGCCCUCUACCACCUCAGUAAAUGUGGACCAGAGCAUUUUUCAGAAUUCCUGAACCUGGUGGUGGAUCAGAACUUAUAUAAGGAAGCCUUGAAGCUUUAUCGGCCAGAUAGUCAGGAAUACAAGACUGUCAGCUAUGCCUAUGGAGAAUACUUGAUGCAGAAGCAUCUUCCUGAGCAAGCCGGGCUGAUCUUCUUCCGUUGUGAGGCCUUUGAGAAGGCGCUGGAUGCUUUUCAAGUCAGUGGCAACUGGCAGCAAGCCCUCUGUACAGCAGCUGAACUUUGCUACCCAGAAGACAAGCUGGCCAACUUGGCAAGGAGCAUGGCAGGGCGAUUUACUGAAAAACGGAAGUAUGCUGAUGCAGCAAUCCUCCUGGAACAAUAUGCCAAGGAUUAUGAAGAGGCCAUCCUCCUCCUCCUGGAAGGAACUGUCUGGGACGAAGCCUUGAGAUUAAUUUACAAAUAUAAUAGAAGUGAUAUUCUGGAGACCAAUUUCAAACCAUCUCUGCUGGAAGCUCAGAAAAACCAGUUGAUGUUUCUAGAGACUCAGAAGGCAUCGUUUUCUCGUCACCGUAAGCGCCUCUCUGUGGUUCGAGAGCUGAAGCAACAAGCCCAAAAUGACCUGCUAGAUUUUGAAGCGCCAAAUUUUCUGGAGUCAGACCUCUUCUCUGAUGCCAGCAGUAUGGUGACAGCUAGUGACACGAGUUCAAAAUACACCCACAGUAAUUCAAGAAUAUCUGCGCGUUCAUCCAAGAACCGUCGCAAGGCAGAGCGAAAGAAACACAGUCUGAAGGAAGGGAGUCCCUUGGAGGAUGUUGCGCUCCUGGAGGUUUUAGGAGAAAUAGUUCGGAUAAUUGAUGGCCUUAAAGGUGAAAUGCACAGCCUUUUGAAGUAUCUAGUCCUUUUUGGCUAUGAUGGGCAAGCCCAGGAGUUACAGCAAGCUUUUGAUGAGAUCCUUCAACUGACAGAGCACUCCAUCCUGGAAAUCUGGAGCCCAGGCCUACAGCAGUUCCCAGCCAAUACAAUCCUGGGUCCCAAUUCAACUGCAAAUAGCAUUAGUGCUGCUUAUAGUCAACAGAAAGCACUGGAUCCCAUAGCACAAGAUGUUGAGUUCUUUAUACCUCCCAAAUUCAACAAAAAUAUCCAGUGGAAGUUGAACCUUCUCCAAUAAUCCAGACUCUUUCAUUGUUGAUGGUCUGAGGGUCUGCAUUUAGGCAAACAUUUCCUCUCAAGUAUUUUCCCAAGACUAUGCAGAAGAUUGAUCAUGGCUCCUGAAGUGACAAAGGACUAAAAACUAAACUUGUUGUAUAUGUCUUAUUAUGGCUUUUAUUAUUAUCUUCUGUUUUCCUCAAUACUACCUGGAUAAUCAGAGCACUGUUAAAACAUACAAAUGACAAAAAAUACAACCUGUUAUUUUGGAA